AUGAGGUAUUGGCUGGCCUUUGCAGCGGUCUGUAUAGCGGGAGGGGUCCUGCCUUGUGGGUUCGGUUUUGAUUCGUUUGCAGCAGCAGCUGAAGGCCCUUCCGUUGCCGUUUAUGACCAGGAUGCUGAUUCAGACGUCUCCAUUUUUGCUGAACCCUCAGCAGAUCUACAAUGGCAGACUGAAGGCACAGUGACCGUGAGCAGUAAUGAGGGCGGCGGCGCAGCAGCAGCGGAGACCGCUUGCCGACCGACACGAGAGAAGCAUAAGGAGGACCAGGGGCAGAUUGAAGCAGCACCAACAGCAGCCCCUUCAGUACCUGGUGCAACAGCAACUGCAGAGUCACCAGCUGCAGAAACACCAUCAGCAGAAGUAGCGGCAGAAGUAGCAGCUGCAGAAGUAGAAGCUACAGAAGUAGCAGCUGCAGAAGCAGAAGCUACAGAAGUAGCAGCUGCAGAAGCAGCAGCUGCAGAAGCAGCAGCUGCAGAAGCAGCAGCUGCAGAAGCAGCAGCUCCAGAAGCAGCAGCUCCAGAAGCAGCAGCUCGAGAAGCAGCAGCUCCAGAAGCAGCAGCUGCAGAAGCAGCAGCUCCAGCACCUGCUGCUGCUGCGGCAGGUUCUGGUGCUCGCAUGAAACAGGAGCAGGUGGGGGACGAUUUGCACAGCGUCGUAAGGGAUCAUUCCGGUUCGAACAGCGGCAUGAAGAAAUCUGGUUCUCGGCAAAGAGGUUUGGGGGGUAAUUCUUCAAGGUUAAGAAGUGGAGGCGGCGUCUUCGAAGGGGGAGGGGAUGGGCAGAGUCUGUUGCUGUUGGAACGAGACCCCUUGUCUCCGUUCUUGUCGCUGCCGAAAGCUCCUCGGAUGGUGGGCUCAAAGUCCUUCAUCUUUGGCUUAGGAUUGCUGUUUCUUGCAGCAUGGAUUGGCUUAGAGGGAGAUGAUACUGUGGUUCUAGGCCCUGCUCAUUUUUUGACCGGUGUAGGAGACUUGGACCGGGAAGACAUAUCCGCAAUUUGCUCGACCUUGUUGGCGUUCUUGGGUACUGUUUCUCUUUUUUCCGCAGUGUACAGACAUCUCAAAAGGGUUAGACAGCAACGCGAGUGGAUUCGAAAAGCAGAAGAAGGGAUCGACGCAGCCAGAAAACUUCAUGAAAGCAGGCUAAAAAAGCGCUUGGCACGGGAACAGGCAGCCGGAGUGGUAGCCACCGACGUAGGCAAACCUGGUUAG